AAAUAUGGCUGAGGGGGCGUGUCUGAUGUUGCUAGGCAAUAAGACAGACCUGGUGAGCGCAGACAGGAGGGAGGUGACAAGAGCACAAGGCCGCAGACUGGCGGAGCAGUACCAAGCUGUGUUCUAUGAAUGCAGUGCUAAAAGUGGACAGCAGGUGGAGGAGGCCAUGACCCAUCUGACCAGGUUACUUGCCUCACAGGAGGACAAGCAGUGCGAGUCUGUGCUGCGUCUGGACGUCUCUUCCAACAGAGGGCGCUGCUGCAAAUAAUUCAGAUUCAGAAUUCAGAACUUCAGAAUUUAACCAGGACAUGACUCAUGAAUAUUAAUUACGUCACUUGACGCACAAAGAAUUUGAGAAACA